AACAAAUGAUCUAAAUCUAAACUUCAAAGCAAAUUUAAGAUAAAAAAAAUAUGAACGAAAAAUAGCAUUAACAUAGAUUAUUAGUAGGUUAAAAUUCUUUUAAUAAAAAUGCCUACUAAUAUGAAAAAGUUGAAUUAAAAAUGCAUUAAUCAGACUAAUAUAAUAAAAUUUAAACUUCUGCAUUUAAUAAUGAAUUUUAGAUAAAAAAGACUUUAUAAAAGGAGGAAUAAAAUAAUUAUAAUCCAAUAAAUAAUUUCAUAUCUUAAUUAGAAAAAUACUAAUAACAAAAUGAUUUGUAAAGACUUCCUCCAUUAGAUAAAUAAUAAUAACUUAAAUAAAAAACAAAAAGAGGAAGUGAAAUAUUAGUAAGAGAAAGUUAGGCAUAUGAGAAAUAAGUUUACAAACAACAGUUAAAUAAAAUAAUAUAGAAUUCAAAAUUAUCUGAAUAUAAAAAUUUAAAAUAAAACAUUUUUAAUAUAAAAAGCAUAAAUAAUUAGAAAAAUAGUUCAUAAUCUCUUCACCCCAAAAAAAUAUCAGUGGAAACAUAAUAAAAGUCUAGUUUUGAAGAAUUAGAAAAUGACUAUGAAAAUAAACAAUCGCUUUCAUAAUAAAUAAAUUAAAAAGAGUUAGUUAAAUUUAACCAAUACUGUCCUACUUUUAAUGUCGUAAGUAAUAAGUAAUUAAAGUCAACUACUGAUUAUAAUAAAAAUGCUAAAAGUUAGUUAUUAAUUACUUAAUAAAAAAAAGAAAAUAUCGAAAAACAAAUAAAUUCGACAAAGCUUUAAAGUUAAAAAAAUCCUAGUUUUGAUAUUUAAGAUUUAUAACUUAAUGAUAGUUUAUAUUUAGGAAGUUAUAAGGAUUAAAUGGGAAAAGUAAAAUAAUUUUAGAUUAGUACUUUAAUAAAAACAAGAGCUGGACAAUAUAGUCCUCACGAAAAAAAAAUAAACUAAGAUUCCAGUAUAAACAUAUUGAAAAAACAUAAUGAUUAAUAAAUAGGAUUUUUUGGUGUAUUAGAUGGGCAUGAAUAAAAUGGAGGAAGAGUGGAACUAUAGACAGAUGAAAAUGGAUAAAAUGAAGGCAUAUAUAGGGUCUGGAAUAAAAAUAUGACUUACCCAGGUUUAGCUAUGUCGAGGUCUUUAGGAGAUAAAGCAGGAAGGGAAGUUGGAGUUAUUUCAGAACCGGAAAUUGUAAAAUUUGAUAUAGGAGAAGAUGAUAAAUUUAUUGUUAUAGCAAGUGAUGGAGUUUGGGAAUUUCUUAGUAAUGAUGAGGUAUGUAAAAUUGUAUAAUCUUAUUAUAAAACUAAUAAUAUUAAUGGAGCAGCAGAAAGUAUUAUAAAGUAAUCUGUAAAGUUAUGGCAAGAAAAUGAUGAUACUAUUGAUGAUAUUACUUGUAUAAUACUAUUUAUUAAAAAUAACGAUGAAUAGAAAAUAAAUAAAAAAUGA